AUGGCCUGCUGUGCCCAGUCAUUAGAAUGCUAUCACGGUGAAAGUCAUUUGGGCGACAAACCUGUUGGAUACGGGACGUGUAUGAACGCUCAGUUUGGUCCUGUACAGUAUUGUGUUAAAGCUACCCGUAUGCAUAACGUUCUCAGAACCUGCGAUGACUUACACUUUUGCGAGGUAAUGAUGACCCCGUGUCUUUAUUGUCCGCGUAAAGCCCUUUAG